AUGACUGCGGAUAUUGAAUGCCGAGAUUAUCGUAAUUUUCCUAAUGACACAUGUGCGUUUAUGCGUACAACAUCUGAUUGUAAAUUAGAAGAAGGAUUUAUAAAUUAUCUCACAUUUCUUUUUUGUACUAUUGGUGAUAAAUUACUACCACUUGGUUUAACAAUAUUAGCUGCUUGGCUAUUCGUUCUAUUUAUUGGUCUUGGUGUAACUGCUGAUUCUUAUUUUUGCCCUGCUCUUCGUGUUAUCGCUCGUGUUCUUAAGUUAUCAGAAAAUAUUGCGGGUGUUACGUUCCUUGCCUUUGGUAAUGGUGCACCGGAUAUAUUUUCUGCUAUAGCAGCUGUUAGUAGUGCCAAAGGUGGUGAUGUUGGUUUAGCAUUUGGUGCUCUUUUUGGUGCCGGUGUUUUUGUAACAACUGUUGUUGCGGGUACAAUAUGUCUUGUUACACCAUUUCGUUCUAUACAACGACCAUUAUUACGUGACAUAAUCUUUUUCAUAAUUGCAUCAUUUGCUGCUUAUGUUGCAAUGUAUGAUGGAAAGAUUUAUCUUUAUGAAAGUUUAGGUUUUAUAAUUAUGUAUGUUGUAUAUUUAAUUGUUUUAAUUGGUGGUUAUUUCGUAAAUCGACGUAUAAAAGAUCGUCGAGCAUUAAUACAAGCUGCACAUACAGAAGCAGCUGCUAAAACAUAUGGAUCUAUACAAACACCUGAAGAAACAACGGUAUCAGUAGAUAAUAUUAAUAUUCCCGAUGAAAGUUAUGCACAACCUGAUGUGUCAUUUGCAUUAUCACUUCGUCAUGCAUUUUUACCACGUGACGAUAUGCCUUGGGCAGAACGAGGAAAAUUUAGUAAAUUUUUUUCGAUAUUUAAAAUGCCGGUUAGUCUUUUGCUUCAUUUUACUGUUCCAUUGGUUGAUUAUGAUAAACCAGAACAUAAUUGGAAUAAACUUUUGAAUUCAUUCCAUCUUCUUUCCGGUCCAUUGAUUGUGUCAUUUCUAACACAACUGGGAUUUAUUAAAAUUAAAAAUGUGUUUCCUAUUUGGGCUGUAGUAGGAAUUGUGGGAACAAUACUUUGCUUUGCAAUGUUAAUAUUAACUGAACAUCAUUCCAAACCAAGAUAUCAUUCAGGUUUUGCCUUUCUUGGUUUUGCUGUCUCUGUUGUUUGGAUUUAUUCAGUUGCGAAUGAAAUUGUUAAUUUAUUAACAACAUUUGGUAUUGUCUUUGAUAUAAGUAAUACAAUUCUUGGUUUAACAUUUCUUGCAUGGGGCAAUAGUUUAAGUGAUUAUGUAUCCAAUGUUGUUUCUGCUCGACAAGGCUAUCCAAAUAUGGGUAUAUCAGCAUGUUAUGGUGGUCCACUUCUAAAUUUUCUCAUGGGUUUGGGUCUUCCGUUUACAUAUGUAACAUUGAAAACUGGCGCACCCUAUGCCAUUGAUAAAUCUUUAUUACAAAAUGUAAUUGCUUAUUUUCUAUUUGGAAGCUUGGCUGGUACACUUUUAUUUAUACCAUUAAAUAAAUUCUUCUACAGUCGUCGAUUUGGUUUAGUAUUAAUUGCAUUUUAUGUUGCGUUCCUAGCGCUGGCUAUACUAAUUGAAACACAUAUUAUUGGAUAG